UACAUCUGUUGAUAAGGUGAAAUUGCCAUUUGAUGUGAAUUCCGAGUUUAUAUUUGUUGUAUUUAUGUGAUGUCCGUUCUAAUUUAUUAUUUUAAUUGUAAAUAUCGGACCCUAUUUUAAUUAUACACUGUGUGUUCAAUGUUUUGUAUUCCACACCGUUGGGCCACAACAAUUAACUAAGGCAUGGAGCUGAUCCCUAUAAACCAGAUUACGAUCGUUGGACUGUUGCUUUGAAAAUAUUCCAAGAAAACUCUGGAUUGGCCGAACUUUUCAUAGAUUAUAUGAGUGAUCCUAAUAGAAGACUGACCAAAUGCGGGUCAACCGCUCUUCAUCUAGCAGUGAAGAGUUGUUCAGUCGAGAUCGUGAGGAAACUGCUCGAGAAAGGGGCAGAUGUGAACACUCCCGUCCAUAGAUGUGCGCCAGUUUUCCAUGUUGCGGUGAUGUGUGAUCGGCUGGAUUUGAUAAACCUCCUAGUCCAGCACGGAGCAGAUCCCAGACAACCCUCUGCUGAAGGGUUAACAGUACUUCAUCGGGUUGAAAGCGGUAAAAUGGUCAGGAAGUUGAUAACUUACGGACUCGAUAUUAACGAAGCAGCUCCACCUGAAGGAGACACACCUCUGAGGAACAGCAUUCUAAGCUAUUGCGACGAUGAUGUCAUAAAAGCUUUUCUCGAAUGCGGUGCCGAUUAUAAAAUAGACAACAAUUGGGGGUUCACAGCUUUCGAUUUCAUGGCAGCACGAUUAAUUUCGGGAAGCGAUUUCGAAGAAAUCAUUCGUAUGGGAAGCAUUCUCCUGGAUCAUGUAACAUCGAAUGUACCUGAAGAUGUCAACGAUCCCGAAACAAAGAAAAUCAGGCGAUUUGGCGAGGAAUUAAGACAGUUGAAGUCCGAAAAAAUUGGUAAUACCUCCAUAACGUACUGGAAAUUGAUCAAUACUCGCCCUAGAAAAGCUGCCAGUUUUUUCGAUAAUGAAGAAAGUCUCGUGAAACCCGACAUAAAAAAAUUCUCAUUUUUCGGUCGGUUGAUAGAAUCAAGAAUACGCGAAGGUCUAGAUUACAAUGAUAUGGAAAACUAUGCUCGUGGAUUCAUUAAAGAAAUAACUUCAAAUAGGCUUCCGUGGAAUUGUAUUAAUAAAAUCAUAACCUUUCUGCAUGCGGACGAUUUGAAAUCACUAAGACGCUUCUUAUCCUUAGAGAAGUGAAUCUUAUUUGAAGUUUUGCAAAUUUUCAUUACAAUUCUAUCAUCCAAGGAAACUGAAUCGAAACAAUGAAUCUUACGAGAUGCGACCAGCUACAUAAUACCUCGAAAUAUUUUCAUUUUGAAAUUUGCAAUGAUUUAUUUGUGAUCAUUGAAUAUACUCGUCCUUCCAAAUGUUGCUCCGUCUGGAAUUGGUCGUCAGUGAAUCCAGUGAAAAAUGGGAAGAAAAAUAUUAUGUACCUAUUCAUUAUUUCUGACGUCUCAGAUGAAAAU